GCAGUUCAGUGACGCACGCAUACGCGUGCAGAGCAAGUUGGUGGAAUUGAGAAACGCGAAGCAGCGAAGCCAGACGGAGCGCAACAGAAACGGUCGGAGCGUUGCCUUGUAAGGUGGAGAGUGCGCGGAGUGUGUUGUCCACCCAGGAAAACGAGAAAGAGUGUUUGUUGUGACGAAAUAAAAGACGAGGAGAAAAAAAGGGAUAAAGUGCACAACAGGAGACGAAUGUAGCUGGAAGGGGAACACACGUCGCGGAGAGGCGACCUUGAAAACGCGUAUACGUAAAACUCGACAAUCCGUCAAAACUAGACGAUACACCAUUUUAUGUUGCGUGUGUGUAUACGAGAGAAGAGAAAGAGAGAGAAUAAAACAAGUUAGAGUCAAAUAGAUGUGUUUGAAAUAAACUUCAAUAAAUAUUCUUUUGUGGGUGCUUAAUUUAUCUACGAUAUAAUAUUAUAUAUAAAGUAGAGACUAUUUUUGUUUAUUUAAUUAGUCAUCUCCAUUCACAUUCAUAAGAGUCUAAGAUCAAGACAAAGAAAGGUGGCAUAACCUCAAAAAUUAGUGACUGCGCGCGAGAGUUUAUGUCGUUUUUGUUGGAGUUAAUAACGUGUUUGUAUAUAUUUUUUCAAAUGCAACAUUAGUACGUGAAAUUGGAAUAAAAAUUAUUGGAAAGUUAAAUAGUCGUAAAAGUUAUUCAAUUGGAGUUUGAAUAUCACAUAAAAGUUAAAAAUGCUACAACACGGAGGUUCUAGUGUUGGGUUAAUGGGUGGAAGCCAGGGUCAAGGGGCCCAAAAUACUGGGGGCUAUGGAAAUAUGGGUCCUGUGGAUGGGACGGCGACCCAAGGGCCUGAUCAAGCUGUGGAGGCAAGAAAGCAGGAUAUUGGAGAAAUUUUACAACAAAUUAUGAAUAUUACAGAUCAGAGUCUUGAUGAAGCACAAGCUAGAAAACACACUCUCAACUGCCACAGAAUGAAGCCGGCAUUAUUUUCAGUACUAUGCGAGAUCAAAGAAAAAACAGUUCUAUCGCUGCGAAACACUCAAGAGGAAGAACCGCCGGAUCCUCAGUUGAUGAGGUUGGACAAUAUGCUCAUAGCUGAGGGCGUAGCAGGACCAGAAAAAGGCGGAGGUGCUGGUGCAGCAGCAUCAGCAUCAGCAGCGGCAGCAGCAGGACCUCCAGGACAACCCGACAAUGCAAUUGAGCACUCAGAUUACCGUGCCAAGCUUGCCCAAAUCCGACAAAUAUAUCACCAAGAGCUUGAAAAAUACGAACAGGCCUGUAAUGAAUUCACCACACACGUAAUGAAUCUUCUAAGAGAACAGAGUCGUACCAGACCUAUUACGCCCAAGGAAAUUGAGAGGAUGGUACAGAUUAUUCAUAAAAAAUUCUCCAGCAUUCAAAUGCAACUUAAACAGUCUACCUGCGAAGCUGUUAUGAUCUUAAGAAGUCGGUUUCUUGAUGCUAGACGCAAGAGACGGAACUUUAGCAAGCAGGCUUCAGAAAUUCUGAACGAGUAUUUCUAUUCGCAUUUGAGUAAUCCAUAUCCCAGUGAAGAAGCAAAAGAAGAACUUGCGAGGAAGUGUGGGAUCACAGUGAGCCAGGUUUCCAAUUGGUUUGGCAACAAAAGAAUACGUUAUAAGAAGAAUAUUGGAAAAGCGCAAGAAGAAGCAAAUUUGUAUGCUGCUAAAAAGGCUGCAGCAGCUUUUGCAGGAGCGUCGCCGUACAGUAUGGGCGGCGCCAGCCAGGGAACACCGACGCCGAUGAUGUCUCCGGCGCCACCAGGCGGACCCCAGGAUAUGGCGGGUUAUGGAAUGGGAAUCAACGGAAGUGACUAUGGAUCACAACCUUAUAACGAUGGUUCAAUGGGCUAUGAUCCUAUGCAUCAGGGUAAAGCAUUGUCGGCUGGGCCUGGAUGGAUGCAACAGCGUGAGGCUGUACCGGAAUUUCCGCCGCUCCACGAUUCAGCAGAUUCAGAUUCAGAUCGAGAAAACGAAAAACGACCUCGGGUUUAGGUGGGAAAGGGAAGAGAAUGAUAAUAUUGAGAAACACAAGAUGGAACGAGAGUGGAACAAGCGUGUGAGAGCGAAAGCACGUGUGAACGCUUGUACGAGAGCCAGAAAAAGAGGAUAGAUCGUCCAAAAUUAAAUGGUGAACGCACUUCAUCGUACACAUACACACUAACAAAGCAACAAAACAUCAAAAACGUGCUUACACUACAUCAAAAAUUAAAUAUUAAAUUGAUAAACAUUUAAGAUGUUGUUCAUAGACAUUAAUCAUUUUUUUUUUUUUAGUUAUUAAAAGUAGUUUAAAUUAAGAAUAAAAUUAUGGAAAAUAAUUUUCUAUUGAUGAUGAUAGUACAGAUUGGCGAGGAAUAACAUGAUGUAUACGAAAAAAAUAUCAAAGAAAAUAUCACUUGCUUUUCUAUCUUGAUAGAUCACAUAUAGUUUUACAUAUAGCCUUUAUGUCUGUGUCAUACAUUUACUCAUUUCACAUCUGAUCAUAAAAUGCGUUAAAUUUAUUGUUUUAAUCAUUGUAUGUUUUAGAUAGUAAAUGCUUAUAAUUAUGAUGUCCUUUUAACUUUUAAUUUUAAGUUAGCUUUUUUUUUUUCUAUCAUUAUCCAAUAAUGUUAUCUAUAUAUAUUUUAUUUCGACGAUAAGUUUAACUUGCACUUUCAUUACGUUGGAAAAUUGUAUAUGCAUGUGUAAUUGUCCUUACUUUGUAAAAAAAAAUUUGCAUUCGCACAUGACCAACUUCACACUAGAGUUGCUUUACUCGAUCAAUUAUUUCAAUACCAAUUUUUUUUCUAUUUUAUUUUCAAUUUUUUAUUCAUUCAUUUUUUUAUUCAUUCAUUUUUUUUUUCAUCUUAUUCAUUGAAAAUUAAAUUUAUUAAUUCACUUAGAAAUUAUAAUUUAAAAAAAUAUUUUAUAAAUGAAAAUGUUUAUUAUUGAAUCUAUAUGUAUUUUAUGUCUGUAAAUAAGCAUUAAAAUCGUUAAUAGUUAGUUUGAUUCUGAGAGAGCAACUGUCAUGAAUUGAUAUAUAAAUAUGUAUAAGAAUUGUGAGAGAUUCCAUUUGAUAUAAAUUUUCCAUAAAAGUAGAAAUUUUAUUUAUUCAAUAAAAGACAUAAUGGGUUAUUUAAUAAUAUACUCAAACAUCUUGUGUGCCUAUAUGGCCAAUGUUGUUUGCUUUCAGGAGCUGUCACCUUGAAAUCCUUAGAAGAUACCAGAAACACACUUACGUUUAAUAAGAGAAUUAAUAUAAAAAAACGUAAAAAUAAUAUUGAUCACUUUAAUCUCUGUGAUCUUAAUCUUACUUAUUAAGUAGUAAGAUAUACGACCUAAAAUGCAUUGAAGAAUAUUUUUUUCUAAAUGAAAGAAAAAAAAGAUGAUUUUUUAAUUUGAUUAAUUAUUAUAAUUAGAAGAAAAAAAUGAACAAACGUAAAUCAAUUUUUUGUAUUAAAAGUUAAUGAAAAAAUUUAGUAAAAUUAGAAAAUGUAAUAUUUAUGUUACAAAAUAAUGUUAAAUAAUUAUUAGUAAUAUUUUUAAUUUCAAAAUGCCGCCUUUCUGAAGCAGUCUCUCAGAAUAAAGCGAAAAUAAUAAAGAAAAUAGAUGAAAAUAAAAAGAAAAUUAAUAAAAUAAAUGAACAAAAUAAUGACAAAAGGAACGAAGCAAUGGUCCUGCGACACAACACUGAUGUAUACGAUUUUUCAACAUGAAAAUAUAUAUUGUAGCUAUAUAUAUAAAUAUAUAUAGAAGUAUAUAAAGAGGAUAGUCUAUAGGUAAAAAUUGUACCAGCUAAAGACAUGAUUAUAACGGCGUUACUUUUAUUAUCACUAUUAUUACUAUUAUUAGUUCUUAUUGCCAUCAUCAUUAAACGUGAUUAUUACAUUUUUAUAAGUCUACUGUAGUAUUGAUAUUAUUGUCAUUUUUAUUGCUGACUCGAGUUUAGAUUAUUUUUUAAUAUUUACUAUCUUAUAUUUUUCAUUAAAUUCUUCAAAUGAUGUCAAACGAAUUCAGUGAUAAUAAAUGUGCUAUCAAAUUGAUGAUUAAUUAAUA